CCGGACCCCCUCCGUCCUCAAGCUCCCUCCAGCCCUCCCUCCCCUGUGCCCUGCCCACCUCGGCGGUCUCUACUCCAGCCCUGCCAGAGCCAAUCCGCGUCUGGGUGUAAGUAGGGCAAACUGCUUCCUGGUUCUCAGAAAGGAGGAGCAGGGAGUCGGAGUGGGCCAGCAGAGGCAGCAGACAGGGGGUCAGAGCAGCCCAGAGAGCCGUCGGUCUGCUAAGAGGGGACCAACAAGAAAAACGCCAACGCACGGUUUAGAGAAGAAUAAAGCCUCCCUGGUGGCGAACUGAAGACGACAGGAGCCGUGACCCCGGUGGAGAAGCAAAAACAAGGGCCGGGAGGUUUAAAAAAAAAAAGAGAAUAAGAAGUAGAAGAAGUCGCCAGGGUGGGACGGAAUAAUCCAGGAAGUGCAGAGGCCGGUCAGGUGGGAGGCGGCGAGUCAGGACAGGUGACACACCGGCACCCAGGUUUUUGACCUCUGCUGAACUAUAACCAAAGCGGGAAGGACGAGCAAGAUAGACAGAACGCAGGCACCCAUCUUCUCCUGGGUUUAUGGACUGGAGGUGGCAAUGACUCCAGGAGAGGACGGUCUGAUUGGGAUCCCCUUCCCGGAGCACAGUAAUGAGCUCUUGUCCCACCUCAAUAACCAGAGGAGGACGGGGCUCCUGUGUGACCUUACCCUGACAUCCCACGGGGCACGCUAUCCAACUCACCGCUCCGUCAUGGCCGCCGUUAGUGUCUAUUUCCGGCGGCUGUUUGGGGCAGAGGAGGGGCUUGGUGAGGGUGGAGGAGGUUUCAGUGUUUGCCAGCUGGACUGUGUGGCUCCCGAUGCUCUGGACGCCCUGCUGGAGUUUGCCUACACUGCCACCCUGACCAUCCCUAGCUCUGGGAUGAGAGAUGUGCUGCGAGGAGCUCAGCUUCUGGGCAUCCAGUGUGUGGCUGAUGCAUGCAGGGACAUCCUGGGGGAGACAGAAGAGGCAGAGGGGGAGAAAGCAGAGGAGCAGAGAGCCCAACACCUGAGUACUGAGAGGAUGGUAGAGGGGGAGAGUGGGGUAGUGAAAGGGUCUCGAAGAAAAACGGACAAAAAGAAGGUAAAAAAAGUUGGGCUGCACCAUGGCAACUCCUUGGUUCUGAACCCACCGCCUGCUUCUCCCAUCUCGCACUCUUCACCUGCAUCUGACGGCCUCCACUCACUGCCGUCUACCCAGCCUCCCAGCCCUGUACAGGAGGAGCUUUGCCUCAAACGUGGACGGAGCGGAGAUCCCAGGGGGAUCAGGGAGCCUGGGAGAGGAGCCACACUAAAUGGAAGGCUAUUUCAUGAGCAUCCCCGUAUAGCCCAGCCACCUCCUGUCCCGGUCUUGAUUGACAAAUUGUCAGAGGACGAUGAGAUGGAGGGUUUUGGCGAUGAUAGUUUGCUGAUGAGAAACACCGUCAUACCUACCUCUGCAGUGGAACGAGGAAUAGCGGCACCAACAGUGGGAGGAGGAAGGAAGAGGAAGUCUCAGACCCCCCAGCAGUGCCCUGUCUGUCAAAAGAUCAUCCAUGGAGCAGGAAAACUACCACGACACAUGAGGACACACACGGGAGAAAAGCCCUUCCAGUGCACUACCUGUGGAGUUCGCUUCACCCGGAACGACAAGUUGAAGAUCCACAUGCGGAAACACACAGGCGAGCGCCCUUACCCGUGCCCCCACUGCCCCGCCCGGUUUCUCCACUCAUACGACCUCAAAAACCACCUGUCCCUGCACAGUGGAGCGCGGCCUUUCGAAUGCCCACUCUGCCACAAGGCCUUCGCUCGAGAGGACCACCUCCAGCGUCACCGCAAGGGGCACAGCUGCCUUGAGCUGCGCACACGCCGGCCCAGGCGUGGGCCAGAGCUCAUGGAAGAUGUGAGAGAGGAUGCAGGCAGGAGGGAGCAGUCCAACCCUCUGGAGGCUUUGUCCUUACCGGCCCACUCCUUGCCAUUCCUCAGCAGCCAGGUGCUGGAUGGUGGGAAUGGGUCUGCUGCCCACCCUCCCCUGAUGUUUCCAAGUGUUGAGAGGGAGCGGUCUCUCGCCUUGCAUGCUCUGGCCCAGCUCAGGCCUCACAGGCUGGUUGGCUACCCUGAGCUCUUCCUGCGAGGGCUGGAGAUGCGAGGGGCCAGAGAGGCGAAGGGAGAGGAUCCAGGAGGAACACAAUCGCCAGCUGCGCAGCGUGACCAGUGGGGAGACGAAGAGGAAAUUAUAGAUGACGAAGCAGAAGAAGAAGAAUUAGAAGACCAUUAGAGAGCGAGAGUGUGUGUUUGUAUGUGUGUAUAU